AUGACGACCGUGGCGACCAGCAGCCCCGAUAUCCGUGCUCAGCUUAUGUCUGAACUGAAGUCUGCCAUGAAGAGCAAAGAUACCUUCAAGUCGACGACGAUUCGCUCCGCUCUUGCCGAGGUAUACGCGGCCGAUAAGGCGCGCCCAGAACUUGUCUCAUCCUCCGUCAUUCUCUCCAUCUUGCGCAAGGCCGCGGUUAGAAGGACCGAUGCCGCUAAGGAAUAUGAGAAAGCUUCCCGUCCUGACCUUGCCGAGAAGGAGAAACUCGAGGCCAACCUCCUGCAGAGCUUCCUGCCACCUCUACUUUCUGAAGCGGACGUCGACCGCAUUCUUCGGGAGACAAUCGCCGACCAAAGUCAACUCAUGGAGUCUGGAACUCCCUCAAAGAAGGCGCAAGGUCUGGUGUUCAAGGCCUUCUACGCGAAGGUGGAUAAGUUAUCCGUCGACACUGACCUAGUAAAACGCAGAGCAGAGGCACUGUUGUCCGAGAAGAGCGCGUGA